GCUUUCAGGAUAACCUCUGCUCCUCUGCCACUGAUCAAAAUGCAGUGGUUUGUCGUUUGCAUAACCCAAGAAAGUACAAAACUGAUGCAGACGAUUUAGUCCACUUGCGUGGUCAUGCGUGUGUGUCCAUUCGACCUUCGAUUUCGUUUUGUCCUCGAGGAUGACGUGGAAGAGCUGCGAGCACUGUAUAAAGAGUGCUUUCCGGUGACUUACCCGAAUUCGUGGUUCAAUGAUCUGAUUACGAACCCUGCGCUUAUAUCAUUUGUGGCUUUAGCGAACCAUAGAAUUGUCGCGAUUUUAGUGGCUAAAAUUAUCACUCUAGAUGAGUGCAGUGGUGAGGAUCGAAACAUUUUGGAUCGUUCUUUUCCAAACAACAGCUUUGUUGCCUACAUAUUGAGCCUCGGGGUCAGUGUGGCUUAUCGUUCGCACGGAAUAGCCUCGUAUUUACUGGACUCUUUUGUUUCCUACGCUUCUGGAUCCCACUAUCUUCGAAUGUGUCCUCAUGCUAAGACAAAGUUACAGUCGGAUGACGUUGCUAACGGUCGAGCGAUUAUCCAACACCACGAGAGUUUGCAAUCUGUUCCACUGCGGCCUCCGGUCAUGUUCAGCCCGAGGGACCGCCCUUACCAUUACAACAAGUCGUACCGCUCUCUCGUAGACGUGCUCAAUAUGCUGCCUCCAUUCCCACCAAGCUGCUGCGCUAUCUAUCUACAUGUACUGCGCACUAAUUACGCUGCUCGGCACUUUUACGAAAACCGUGGAUUCCGGUCAUCACAUGUGCAAUUGGGCUGUUACACUAUCGCUGGAAAGCCGGCGGAUGGCUGCACCUACGUGUUCUACAUGAACGGAGGAUUCGCUUCUGAGGAUGUUGUCUCCUGUCCCACCACGUAUCCUUAUCGGUUUAUCACUUCAUUUUGUCCUCCCUGCGAUAGGCUCAUAUCUGACUGUCUUACUGGCCGGCAUAUUUUUAUUUCCUACCACAGUACGCCUCGUUCAGCUCGUGAACUUCUGCCGCGAGACCAUUGCCGCCUUAUCAGGCGGUGCCGAAUGUCUCCUUACAGUGCAUCCAAGUGCUAUGGUUUUACUUGCAAGUUUCGCGUUUAAUUGGAUAGCGCAAUGUUAUUUGCCACACGCUAUUUUUCCCACCAUUUUUGAGCCUCGUGACCGAGUAUACAUUCCUCAUUGACUGGCGACAUACAGAGCUCCCUGUAGAUGCCUCGUUUUUUUAUGACCUUGAAUCUAUUAUGGACAGACUCAAACGAACAUUCGCCCCGGCAUUCAUUUACUUUUGUUAUCACCACUGGCCAGAGUUUGCUUACUGGAGCUACAACUCGUAACUGACUUCAGUUGCAAUUCGAGAACCUUUUUAGUUGGAAACUAUCACUGGCACUUUCUGCGCCGCCUACUCGAAAUGUGUCCAGUGAAGAAAGGAUCGGAUGAUAAAGAUUUCCGUCGUUCAUUCACUCGCCCGCACGUCGUCCCAUCUGAUUCUGUAGCCAUUGACGUUUGGUAUUAUCAACACUUCGCGCUGUUGAUUCAUACUGUCACACAACACGAG